AAAACCCGACUCCUACUCGUCGCCGCUUCGCUCCAAGCACAACAGUGAUGAGCACACUCGCUCUCCCCGCCGGAGCAAAAUUCGCCGGCGCGGUCCUCGGCCGACUCCGCGCACAUCACGAUCAGCAACAGCCGCGGCUCUUCGCCGGAGCACGAGAAGAUGGUGAGGAAAGCUGCGUUGGGGUUUAGGGUUUUUGGAUUGUUGUUUUGCUUGGUUUCAUUUGCAGUAAUGGCAGCUGAUAGAAAUCAGGGAUGGGCUCUCGAUUCAUUUGAUCGUUACAAAGAAUUCAGGUACUGUAUAUCUGUGAAUGUGAUUGGAUUUGUGUAUUCUGGAGCUCAGGCUUUGGAUAUGUCAUAUAAUCUGGCGACCGGAAAGUAUAUGGUGCAUCAACAACCAAAACUCCGGCACUACCUCAACUUUGCAGCUGACCAGAUGAUCGCUUAUCUUCUCAUAUCAGCUUCCUCGUCGGCCACCAUCCGGAUCGACAACUGGCAACUGAACUGGGGGAAGGACCAGUUUCCAGAUUUAGCAACUGCUUCUGUAUCGAUGUCUUUCCUCGCCUUCGUCGCCCUCGCAAUGAGUUCUCUCAUAUCUGGCUAUGUUCUCUGCACUUCCAAAACCGCAUAGUUUCGACUUCCUCCCCUCGAACUAGGUCGUGUGCACCGCAGCCCCUCGAACUAGGUCGUGUGCACCGCGGCCCUCGGCUCGAGUUCCUCUACGCGAUCUAGGUCGAGAUAUACUCUGUGUGUAUCUAUUGUAGCGGCUGUCUGCAUCUUUAAGAACAAAAUGAUGUAUAUAAACAUUCAUUAUGUUGUGGCUUAUAGCUAAAGAAUCAUAAGAUAUGUUGUUGAUUGGAGGUUUUAAUUAUGGACUUUCAAUAAUAGUUGGUUGGGCCAAAGGUUUGUUUUGAUUGUUGUUA